AUGGCCGCUAUCUCCACCGAACCCACUGUUGAGGCGCACGCCGCGGGCCAACAGUCAGCUGCCAGCAAGAAGAAGAAGGCCAAGAAGACCGUGGCUGACAACACCAAGUAUGCCUCUGCCGAGUCGGUGUUCCCGGUCGCAGUCAAGUCGUCGCACGCCAAGGGCCGCCACAUCUGCGCCAGCACCGAUCUGCCCGCCGGCACCCUGGUGGCCGUCGAGAAGGCCUCGGCUGCGAUUGUCCGCAACAUGUCCUUUGUCAACAUCUGCCACCGCUGCUUCAGCCCCGUAACCAUGAAGACCGAGACCCGCCCCAAGGUCGACCAGCAGGGCCAGCCGAUCAAGGGCCAGCUGGAAAAGUACACCGUGCCGCGCCACUCGUGCGACCAGUGCAAGAUGGCUGCCUACUGCUCGCAGGCCUGCCAGGACGCCCACAAGCUGGAGCACGGCCUGCAGUGCAAGGCUCUGGCUGAGUCCAACCGGAUUGCCGGCCACUACGAGGUCAGCCUGGAGACCCUGCGUGGCGUGCUGGCGCUGCUGGCCAGGCGCUUUGCUGAUGUCAAGAACAACGUCGCCGAGGUUGCCCUUGCCAAGGAGGGCGAGAUCCAGCCCACCCCGUAUGUCGCCGUGGGCGAUCUCAACGACAACCGCCACUACAUUGAGCGCAGCUCGAUCAAGAGCCUCCAGAACGCACUGAAGGAGAUGAUGACGUUCGUGCCCGAGGAGGGCCGUGUUGCGCUGUCGGAGGCCGUCGAGCUCGCGUGCCAGUUCACCUCGAACCUGCACAUCCUGACGAUCAACGGCCACCAGGUGCAGGGCCUGUUCCCGUUCAGCUCGCUGUACUUCAACCACAGCUGCAACCCGAACUGCGUGUUCGUUGGCGAGCAGUCUGGCGUCCUCUACAUCCGCACCCUGACUGACGUCGCCGCCAACACCGACCUGACAGUCUCGUACGUGGAGGUCUACCAGCCGCGCGAGCAGCGGCGCCGCGACCUGCUGCUGACGCGCCACUUCUGGUGCAAGUGCCGGCGGUGCUCGACUCUGCUCUCGCAGUCGGUCGACCGGUUCAUGGACGGCAUCCAGUGCCAGGAGUGCAAGAAGGGCGUGAUGAUCUUCGAGGAGACCAAGGAGGUGCAGGAUAUCAACGAGCUGAUGACCGACAUCUCGGCGCUGGACCAGGAGAUCCAGGGCAAGUUCGCCGAGUGCGAGACGUGCCCGGCCAAGAUCGAGGUCACCAAGCUGGUCGACACCCUCAAGGCUGCCAUCACCGACUUCAGCACUGCCCACAUGGCCCUGCAGAACGGCAACGCCGUCGAGGCCCGCCGCCUGUUCGAGCAGUUCAUCCGCAACUUUGAGGACUCGGGCAUCCUGCACCCGCUCAACGCCUACCUGAUCAACACCUACACCGCGCUGGUGCGCACCUGCACCCUGCUCAAGGAGGUUGACCGCGCCAUCCGCUACAACUCCAUCCUGGUCGACCGCAUCCAGAACGCCAAGGGUGCCGUUCCCGAUAACUACCCCAAGCUGGCCGACUUCCAGCUGACCCUCGGCGACAUGUGCCUCAAGCAGGCCCAGGCCAAGAGCGGCAACCACACCCCGGCCGGCCGCGCCAUCACCAGGCGGUACCUGAACCAGGCCAAGCACGCCUUGGAGGCUGCCGUCAAGUCCCGCUCGGUCAUUUACGGCGAGGACUCGCCUCGUGUCCAUGAGGCCAAGAAGCUGGUUGAGGAUGAGAAGAAGGAGCACGAGGAGUUUGUCAAGAGCAACGAGAAGCCCAAGAAGAACAAGAGCAAGAAGGCUGCCGCCGCUGCCGCCGCCGCCGCUGCUCCGGCUGCUCCGGCUGCUGAGGCUGCUCCGGCCACCGAGGCCCCUGCUGCCCCUGCUGCCCCUGCUGCCGAGCCCACCUCUGCCUAA